AUUGGCACGGGACUUGGGCAGCUUUGCGGCACCGGUCAUCCUCCGGCGGGGGAGGGAGCCAAAGUGGGAGCAAAUUCCAUACGCUGAGGUGAAGGAGUUAAGGAAGGCUGCCAAAGAUUAUGGCAGAAACUCGCCUUUCUUUAAAAAUGUGCUGGACUUAACAUUUGCUGGACGUUUCCUAGUCCCCCAUGAUUUAAGGUAUAUUGCUAAGGCACUGUUUGCUCCCACCGAAUGCGACCUCUGGGAGAUUCAUUGGAAAAAAACUGUUGAAACCACUCCUGCGCAAGUAUGAUCUCGCAGAGGUGGUGGGAGAGGGGGAUGAGGCAAUGGAAGCCCUUGCUGGAGAAGGGGAGUUCAGCAGUCCGGAGGACCAAAUUCUACUAGCACAGGAGCUGCUUCAGGACAUAGCAGCAGCGGGAAAGGAGGCACUCCUGAAGAUACCGGAUGCGACAAGGGUACCAGCCAGCGGGAAACUGGCGGCGAAGCGCGAGGAAGGGCCGCGCGACGACACCAAGUGGCCCUUCUCAGCAUCCCAGCCUCCCGACCAUCAGGGAGGACGAGUGGCCGCGCGGCCAAGUCCAGCAGUUCAGCGCAGCCACGAGGACGGACUCCGCCUCUUCCGCCGGACAGGUACCCUAAAUCAGGGCAAUCAUCAGGUCCUCCGCAGCAGCGUCACCAUCUCUCUCCAGGAUGAGGACCUGACGAGAAUUCCUGCUGGGUUCCUGGGCCCCCUCCACGACUGUCGGGACACCACCGUGCUCAUCUUAGAAGACUCCUUCAACACGCCAAAUGAAAUCACCAUCUUACCUGAGGUAGUGUGUUUUCCACCAGGAGAGGAGAUCACCGUCUCCGUCAUUUGUAACCACCCACCAUUUACUUUAAGGAAAGGCGAUCCUUUUGCUUUGCUUUACGUACUGGACACCCACGAUGACCCGGACACAGAGAGACAUGUUUUCUUCACCCAAAAUGUAUGUAAAGAAAGACCAUUAAUUGAUGCCAAACUUUCUUUCCAGGGAAAGUCGGUGCAGAUGCGGCUCAUGGCAGACACAGGAGCUGACGUGACCAUCAUCCCCCAGGUGAGGUGGCCCAGCGACUGGGAGCUUGUGCCCCCUUGCGGCAGGAUCUCCGGUGUGGGCGGAGCGGUCCACUCUCUGAGGAGUAGGCAUCUUGUGUGCGUGGAAGGUCCGGAAGGACAAUUGGCAACGACUUUUGUAGCGCAGAUUUUAUCACCUGUGCGUCGGCUUUUCCCUGAGGCCAUCAUCCUGCAUGACAUGGAUGAUGUGCUAGUUUGUGCUUCCGACUCGACAUACCUAAAGGCAACACUGGACAAGACUAUUAAGGCUAUCAAAGCUGCAGGGCUCCAGACAGCAGAAGAGAAGAUCCAAUUCUCAGCACCAUGGAGGUACCUCGGAUUCCUCAUCACGGGAAGGACAGUGACGCCACAGACACUGACCAUCAACAAGGAUCCGAAGACUCUGCGAGACCUUCAGCAGCUGUGCGGAACGAUCACCUGGAUCCGCCCCCUCCUGGGACUGACGACUGAGGAGCUGUCACCUCUCUUCUGUCUGCUUCGAGGCGACGGAGACCUCGCCUCACCACGCGAGCUGACACCUGCCGCGCGGGAAGCCCUGCAACGGGUUGCUGUUGCUCUGAAGUCUCGCCAGGCACACCGCGUGGUCCGGACCCUUCCCGUGAACUUCGCGGUGUUGGACGCUGAGGAUAACUACCGCCUUGAGGACACCUCUGAAACAUCUGAUGCUCCUGAUCGUCAUCAUCUGGCUGUCACCGGUCAGGAGCUGGAUAGUCCCACAGCUGAGAGAAAACAUAUGGGUCACGCUGGCGAAGUCCUUGAAGCAGGACAACUUCUGUAUGGCCAUGGGAAGUGUGGACAAUCCGUUAUCCACGUGCCUGGUAGGAGUCCCCCUGUCGCCAAACGACUAUCCAUAUGCAGGAAAAAAACCUAAUCCUGUGGACACCUGGGAUGAGUGGACGAGGAUUCUGCCAUAUGCACCACAGGAGCCCCAAGAAUUGGACCUAUUGGGCUCCUCUCAGGCAACAUAUUGUGUCAGGUUUAGGUACCAGCCCUCCCAGAAAGACUGGGAUCAAAUGGCUAAACUCCACCCCGCUGGUACCCAAGAAGUAAAAAGACACGAUGUAUCUCCCCACGAUGGGAGAUACCAUGCAGCAAAUUGGUGCAAUUACACCUCGACCAUGGUAUCUAGGUCCUCCUCAGUUCCCAGGGUGCUCCCCAGGGGGGUUUUUCUCAUCUGCGGCGACAGGGUGUGGGCAGGGAUUCCCUCCCAAAUCCAGGGAGGCCCCUGCAGCCUUGGGCAGCUUACCACACUGACACCGAACAAAACCCAAAUUUUAAAUUGGAAAAACGAAAAGAAAUUGGC